GAGCCUGGUCCUGCUAAGAUGGCCGUGACCAGCAGCAACAUCCCCAGUGCGGAGAAGGUGCCUGCCACCAAGUCCACGCUUUGGCAGGAAGAAAUGAGGGGCAAAGACCAAGCGGACGGGGGCAGCGGCAUCAGCCUGGCGCAGAGCCCGGUGCAAGGCCAGGCCGGGGCUGCCAGCUCCCUGAAGGAUCCCAUGCUGGACAGCAAGGAAGAUGAGAGCUCCAUGAACGGAGACCGGAUAGACUGUGGGCGGAAGACGCGUGUCGAGAGCGGGUACUUUUCUUUGGAGAAGACCAAGCAAGACUCGAAGCUGGAAGAGCAGCAGCUGCCGCCCCCGCCGAGCCCGCCCAGCCCCAGCACCCCGAACAACAGGUACAGUUAUCCCAAAUCGCCCUCGCAGGAGCAUGCCCAGCCCUUUCCUUCCCCAGCCAGCCGGCAGUACACCACCCUGGCCGACGUUCCCAAGGCCAUUAGGAUCAGUAAUCGUGAGGCCUUCCAGGUGGAGAGGAAGCGGCUAGAGCGGAGAACCCGGGCCCGUAGCCCUGGGAGAGAAGAAGUGGCCCGGCUCUUUGGCAAUGAGAGAAG